AUGGCUACCAAAACGGCUACCUCAAAGACCCGAAAGCCUAAAGCUAAUAACUUUGUAUUGAUUUUAGAGCAGUUCCUAGAAAAGCAUAAUUUGACAGCCGACUCUACCCCAGAACAAUUAAGCAAACAUGCUCCCGAACUGGAUACUUUACUUCCUGCUGAUGAUUGGAUGGCCCGCAGGUGUGUUAAAGUUGCCCUUGCCAAAGGUACUAAAAAAAGAAGUGUAUUUAGCAAAGAGCGAAUAGAAGCUCUCUUGCCAGAUAAGAGAAAGGGAAAACUCACCAUAGAGGAAAGGGCAAAAUACUGCGCUAAAACCGGUGAUUUUAUAGACAUUGUCGCUAAUCAUUGGAAAUUGGGUCCAAAAAGUAAUGAUGAAAAUGAAAUUGUUGCCGGCGUCGCACGUCAGUCAACAUUCCGUGUGAAGUCAGCAGAAGGCGGUGUAGAUACUGAAAUUAUUGAUACCUUUGCCAAAGAUAAGGAUCGUAUCCAAGAGUCUAAUAAAAUUCAGAGAAAGCGCACUAAGAAACGAAUGGCUAAAGCACAAAGAAUUCCAAAACAUUUCUCCUUAGCAAAUGUGAGUAAAAGAAUUCAGAACAUGGAUGUUUCCAAAAUUCCUACUAGAGAGGAUCUUGCAGAUGUGAUAGUGAUGCUGAGUAUGAGACCUUCAGAAGUAACAUUUCUUCAAAUUAAGCGUUAUGAGCCAGAUGAACCACUUGGGAUUGAUCUUCCGAAUAUUCCAGCAUGGUAUAAAGAGGGAUAUUCUUGGUAUUGUACAGGUGGGACACGUAGUGCUUGGCCAUUUAACGAAUUCUUAAAGCAAGAACCUUAUAGAAGCAUACCUAGGGAAUUAAGACGUUAUGGAAAAAGGCAUGCUUCCAGAAUUUAUGGUGGAAAGAAUGCAACUCCAGAGGAGCUUAAACGACUUUCAAAAUCUCAUUGA